GGACGGCGCAGCUUUCAUCUGAGCGCCGUAGGAGAUGCCGUCCUGUGGACAGCUGACAGUAUCACCUUCAUCCACCACGCCGGGUUACCCUGGUUCAUCUCUAUUCCCCUCGUAGCCGUCGGCGUCAACUUUUCGUUUCGACUCCCAAUUCAGUACUACACAAGGCGCCUCGUGGUCACCAGAAACAAGUUGACACCGCUUGUCACAGCCUGGAGCUCACGACAUGCUGCGACUGUGCCGCAGGGCCAGGGCGAGGAGGGAGCCCGACUUUGGCGGUUGCGGGUGUCUGGCCUGACAGAGAGGUCCCGUGCCCGGAUAUAUAAAAGUUGGGGCGUUCAAAGAUGGAAGUCAUUCGCCCCCUUUCUGAGCAUGGCACCCUUUAUCAUCGUCUCAGAGGCUCUAAGGCGCCUUUGCGGUGCCCCCACGGGAUGGCUCAGCCACUCUUUCGGACUGGUAGAUAUUCAAGCUGUUUCGUCAGCCGUGGAGAUGUCUCGCCGCUAUCUUGACGAAUCCCUGGUGGAUGGUGGCUGUCUCUGGUUUACAGAUCUGACUGCCAUGGACCCUUACUAUGCGCUUCCCAUCAUCUGUUCGGCACUGCUUGCCCGAACGUCAUGGGGGAGGCUGUCAAAGGACCAGCUUCGGGCCUUGCUGACUGUUGGCCCGCCGAACGCUUCUCUUAGUUCCCCUCUUCCCCAUCCUUUUUGCCGACCUGCCCAGCGCGAUCUUCUUGUACUGGGCAUCGACGUUUGCCCUCAACGACGUCAA